AAUAACACAGGCACCAGUGCUACGGACCAGCGUUAAUCUGCCCCUCCAGCACCAGCAAAGGCUUUACACUGUCCUAACCCGAGAGGGUUGCAGUGGUGGUGCUGAGGUCCCAGUGCUGUCUGUCUCACAGCUUUCACCAUGGAGUUUCCAGACAAAGUGAGCACACAGACCAGCACAGCUUCCUCUCACACCACCACCACCACCCAAACCUCAGGCAGGUUUGCUCCCAUCGGUGUGAACAUCUCCUUCAUCAGAUCAGUCUUCGGGAUAUUGAUGAUGGUCGAAAUGGUAAUCGGCUUAUUGGUGUGGGCACUGAUUGCUGGUUCUCACUUUGGGAAUGACCCUGCAUUUGGAUGGGUGAUGUUUGUCGCAGUCUUCCUGUGGUUGUUAACCAUUAUACUCUUUGUUUUAUACAUGCUGGGCCUGACUGCAAAACUACCAAUGGUGCCUUGGGUUCUUGUGGUAAUGUGCUUUAACCUAGGUGCUACAGUUCUGUAUAUCACUGCCUUCAGUACCAUUGCAGCACGUGUUAAUCAGCAGAAAAAAACUGCUAAGUAUCAGUACAAUAACAGAGCAGCUGCUGCGUUCUUUGCAGCGGUGGUGACGAUAGCAUAUGGAGCGAGUUCUUUCUUCAGUUUCCAGUCAUGGCGAGAAUAUAGUAGCAGUACAUCUUGAAACCCAGGGUAGACUGCCUCUCAAAGUGGAAAUCCUGUACAUACUCUAGAAAUCAGUAGUAGAUUGCCUCUUUUCCCCCCAACGUUCUUCAGAAGCAUAUCUAGCAACAAGAAUUAUUACAACAUCUAGAUUGGAAACAAAAAUCACAAACCUAUUGCCUUAUCAUGGUGGCAAGUAAUUUGAAGCCAUAAUUUAAGUGUGUUCUUGCCUAUAUUCAUUUUAUUUUGAAUGAAUGGGGGUUCUUUCAUUGAGCAAAUUGGUUGGGAAAUAUUAUGCAGAUUUUAGUCAAUUUAAAAAAAUAUUAUAAACCAGGAAAUAAUGUUACAUUUAAAGGAACAAGUAACAUUUGGUUGCUGCCUAACAAUUAACUAUUUCACCUUUCUCUAAAUACGAUUCUGGGUUUUGAAGCAGUUUAAAUGAUCUCAAUUAGUUUCUUUAAUAACUUAAAAAUGAAGCUGUGAUUUGGUGUAUUUCACAAAUUCUGCUGUUCAAAAAUCAUCCUUAGAAAUUUAGCUUUAAAUAUUACAAAGGGAACUAUUCUUGAAGCUUCCUAGAUUGGGGCCACUUUUUAGAAAAAUGUAAUCUUUUUGAACGUAUGGAUGUCACUAUCUUGUGUAAGAACAAUUGUAACCACUUGAGUACUGCAUUUUAAAAUUAUAAAAAUAUGGAAAAUAAUGCAUAAUUUAGAGAAAUGUCUGGAACCAUGGAAAACUGCUUAAAUCAGGUGUGAAUUAUUUGCAAAUCUACUUGGUGUAAAAGUGUAACUGUAGCUCUCAGUGUAUUUACAUAUUAAACUGUUGGAAAUU